AUGGCCUUGGGGCAAGUGGUCCAAGCAAUCCGAGCAAGCUUUUGCGUUCGGGGUGUGGUCGGACAGGUCCCCGGAUCGGUUAGAGCCGCCUGUGGCGACCAUGUCAAACCCCGCAAUUCACCGCCCGAAGUUGAGGGUCCUGAUGAGGAUGAGGAUGAGGACGAGGAGGAUGAAGAAGAUGAAGAGGAACAGGGCCAAAUAAAAUGGAGUUUGAACGGGCGCGGCUCAAUUGGUUAUACUGCAUAG